ACUGGAUUUAAAGACGUGCCGGAACCAGGGUCAUCAUGCGGUCACAUUUUAGUCAUUUUCAACACAUAAAGCAGGGUAGCGAUGUGUUCUUCGGCGUAGACUUACACGACUCGACGUAAUUGAAGUUGUGGGUGUUUAUUUAGGACGUUUUUACUUGAUUAUUUCGUCACUUUGUGUAAUCGUGAACGACUGUUGUUUGGGCUCUAGGUGGGCUGUGAUCGCUCCGUGUUUUUCUAACUGCGCGCAGCUCGCUCGGAGCAGUAGGGAAAACAAACAGGUCGGACGGUGGAAGCUCGGUAGCCGGCUGAAUGUGAAGGCUGCUCAGGGUCCGUCUUCAUGCCGUAUGGUGCAAAUUUCAAAGUUAUUCGAUUCGAUUCCUUUCGGAUCCGAGACGUAGUUCGGAAGUUUUUUCCGCCUCUCCUCUGAGCAUGUUGUUGCUUUUCGACCUUUUUUCCCCAGGUUUUCGUAGUCCUAACGCUGCGGUCUUCUGCUUUUUCCCCGACGAUUUGUUUACCGGCGGCGUUUCGGCGUCCGAUGUGUUAAAGUCAGUUUGAAUACGGGGAUAGACUCUCUCUCUUUCUGCAGAGAUGCACACAAGGCGCCUGGUGAAGCGCUCGAUCCUCGGCAGCCGCGUCUAUGCGCCGAGCCCGACGGGGGACGGAGCCCCGGUGACAGGAGUGGUCCAGGCUGUCAAGCAGGAAAACAGGGACGCAUCGGCCGCUGGAGCCCGGCGCAGCGUCUACACCGUGCUCAUGCAGGACGGAAGCCUGAAGGAGUUCACCGAGGAGGAGAUAGCCGCUGGAUCCAAAGGACCACUCAAAUCCAGCCUGAAGCAUAGUCCCAGUAACGGGGUUUCAGACAGUCACAAGUUGGAGGGUGGCUGCCGGAGCCCGGAGGCAGUGGACGAGCAGAGGCCCUCAGACGGGAAGCGAGUUGGUCGAGAUCCUGACGCCCGAUCGGUGUGCCUCCUGGAGCAGAAACGUAAAGUGGUCUCAUCCAGCAUUGAUGUCCCACAUGCCAGACGCUCAGAGGAAGAGGUGGACAUGGAUAAAGUGACGGCUGCCAUGGUUCUGACCAGCCUCUCCACCAGCCCGCUGGUCAGGAGCCCCCCUGUCAAAGUCAGCGAAAGCCUGAGUGGUUCAUGGAAGGAGAACGGCUCAGCUGGACCCUUCACCCCAUCCAGCAACAGCUCCUCAGGAGGCUACUGGAGCUGGUCUGCACCAAGCGAUCAGUCCAAUCCUUCCACGCCAUCGCCGCCGCUCUCGGCUGACAGCUUCAAGCCUUUCCGUGUGCCAAGUGUGGGUGGUGUGGGCUCCAACCCGACGGGGGCGGAAGACCCCAGUCUGGAUGAGCAGGAUGGCAGCAGUCUGCUCUUCGAUGAGCCCAUCCCACGGAAGCGCAAGAACUCCAUGAAGGUCAUGUUCAAGUGCCUGUGGAAGAACUGCGGCAAAGUGUUGAGCACCACUGCAGGAAUUCAGAGACACAUUCGCACCAUCCAUCUGGGGCGUAACUGUGACUCGGACUGCAGCGACGGCGAGGAGGACUUCUACUAUACAGAAAUCAAGCUCAAUACGGAUUCAGUAGCUGACGGGCUGAGCAGCCUGUCCCCUGUGUCCUCCUCCAUCCUGUCCCCUCCGCCCCCUCCGCCGUCGCCUCUACAGCCCCUCAGCCAUCAACCGGAGUCCCACCGACCCUCACAUCCCUCCGACUCUAAGGAGCCUCACGCAGGUGGCAACACCCCGCUCAGCCGCUCCGCGCCAAGCGCUCUCUACCUCAUCCACUCGGACCACGCCUACCAGGCCACGGCUCCAGUGUCCAUUCCCUCCAGCAGCAGUAACUCGUCCUCCACCAGUUUCACUCCCACCAACAGCUUCAGCAUCUCCUGGCAGUCGCCUCCAGUCACUUUCACAGGGAACACGGUUUCUCCCACUGAAAACCAGGUGUUCGGAGAACAGCGAUCCCAGACCAUCUCCGUCCUUUCAUCCCCUCCCAGAGCGACCACUGCCCUCAGCCGGAAAGUGCGCGGCGAGGGGAAGAAGUGCCGUAAGGUCUACGGGAUGGAAAACCGUGACAUGUGGUGCACCGCCUGCCGCUGGAAGAAAGCCUGUCAGAGAUUCACCGACUGAUCCCACCCGGCCAGUGCAUCGCAGCACCAGCAGGCACCGCAGCUGUCGGCCAGAGAAACGUAGAGGGAGGGGGCUUCGUUUUGCAUGCACUUGGUCUUUCUGCGGCUCAGAAUCGCAAAUAUCCGUCAAGCUCCGGCCCCUCUUUCACGUUAGCGAAUCCCUUCCAGCAGCAGAGGCAAAUGAAGGAUGGCCAAAAACAAAGGGUUGUUUUUUUCACAGUGCUGUCCAGGACUCCUAAUACUGCCUCCAUCAUUCCCAACAUUCCCAGAGAAUGGGAAACUCCAGUGCAGCUAAACGGUGUAAAAUAGAUCUUUUCAUGUUGGGUUCAGUGUUGCAUCUUUCUAUGUUUUGUACAGCUCUGGUUUUUAAUGGAAAGUCUUGUCUGAGAAGCAGCGUUUUUGCGUUUUGGUAAAAAGAUUAAUGGGAGACUUUCUUUUUCAUCCAAAAAAGGAACUUUUUUUUUGUUCCUCCUUCAAUUCCUUUACUUGGUUUGUUUCAUUUCUGGACAUUUCUGAGAUCAAUCAGUCCUGUUCCUUCUGGGCUCCGAGGGGCCGUCAUGGAACUGGAUGAAAGGCGGGAAAGAGAAGGAAGUGAAAGUCAAGCAAGGUGAAUAAUCAAUGCAAACUUCCAGUCCGGGAAAGCAGAUUGACUACAUCCCAUUUGAAAAUAACAUUAACCUGCUUAAUCAAGUCUGUUCCCUCCAUUUAUUCAGGGAUGUGAUUCUGCAGAAAGAUAAAGAACCAGUAGCUUAAACGUUGGGUUUAUGUUAACCUCAACAGCAGCUUCUCUCUUCUUCUGUCAUGUUCUUUUUUAAUUUUUGGGGCUUUUGUUGCUGUGCCAUGUUUACGCUUUUGUUUUAAGCAUGUUGCUCCUUCACUUAUUUCAAUGGGGAUCAAACUGAAACUGUUAAACAAAACAUAUUUGAACACAGCUCUCUUCUAGCUCUUUGAGUCACACCCUGGAAAGAGCAACAUUUUUUAAGCACAUGCAGAGAUAAGAAACCAACCUCCUUGUGUUCAUUUAGCUGUUUUCCAAAGCAAACUGCUGAAAAAGGAAACUUUGUUUACAUGUGCCACAAGGGUGCAUCUCUGUUAUCUGUAAGCUAAAGACAGGAGGGCUGAAAACCAAAAGCGUUGCACUAAUUUUAAUAGACAAACUGAUUUCUACCGCAAUGUAAGCUCAGUUUCUUCUGAACCUAGCUCUUAUGAAGGAAAUUUAAUAGCAAAAAAAUACAAAAACGACAUAGCUGCAUACAGCCAUUCUUGUUUCUUGAAGAAGUGAAGGGAAAUGUGGAGACUGGAUCAUUUCACCUCUUUGCUAUUUACUCUGCCAUAUGUUGCCAUUUUGCUCCUAUGAAAAAAACAAAAACCUUUACCACUUAUCAGAUUAAUCAGAUAAUUCUGUCAGUAGUUGGGUAUUUUGAUGACUAGUAGAGAUGUUUGAUUAAAAAAAUGCUCCAAUCUUGUAUUAUUUAAUUGGUCAUUGUGAUGUGAAGUUUUAAAAUAGCAGUCUUCUUUUUUUUAUUAGCUUCUAAACCCUGUUUGGCCCAAUUAACUCUGAAAAUAUGACCCCUAAUCAAACCUUAUAACUAUAAGAUACAUCCUUUUUAAAAGUAAAAUUUGUUGCAUUUAUUGGACACAUCAAAUAAAAUGAACUGAUCCAAAUUCUGCUGCAAAUUAUUAAGUUAUUAGUUGGUGCUAUUAGUUCUUGAAAAUUGUAUUUGGACAUCUCUGCUGCUUACAGUGGAAUUGGAGGUGGGUGUGAGAGAGAGAGCAGAUUGUGAACAAUUAUUAACAUUUAGCUUUUCGUCUUAAUAUUUCACAUCUUAAUUUUAUAUUAAUAAUUUUUUAUUCCUUAGAGAAAUAGAUCUCAGAUUUUUAAAACAGGAACUUUAGUUAUUUUCUCUUAAUCAUCCUGAUUGGUCACUUUAAAAAUGUUGCACAAAAGCACUUGGAGUUUUUUUAGUUUGUUGUAUUUUGUCAUAAAAGGUUUAUCAGUUUACAUUAUAUGUGGGAUUCAAUUUUAUUUUUUGUCUUUUUUUAUGCAGACAGUGAAAUCACCAAUGUUGAAAGUUUGAAAAAGUGACUGAAAAUCUGCUUAAGUUGGAACUUAAGUUAGGAAACUGUGUCCAUCGCCUGAGACUUUAAAAUUCAAUCUGGCUGCUGUUUUUUCUAGCUUUGAAAACUGAUCUCUUUAAAUCAAUUACUGUUCGAUACAACAUCCUUUAUUCUACAUGAGCUGUGUUCAGUCAGCAUAUAACAGUUUUGAAAUCUCCCUGGUUUUCUUUCCUGGGACUGAGAGACUAUAAAACGUGGUUAGUUAUUGUUUCCUAAUCUGACAUCAGUGACCACCAGCACUUGUUCCUGUCCUGUUUAGUCCACUUCACAGGAGUUCAUUACAAUUUCCUCUUUUCACCAAAAGGUCGGUGCAACAAUGAUCUUUGCAUAAUUGAUAUUUUUGGCUCUUGGUAUCCAUUGCCUUUAAAUCACUGUUACUAAGCAUGCAUUUGCUUUGUAAAUCUGUGUCAUAGUUAAUUUUAAUUAUGAUCGAAAACAACCAAAGCAACAUAGAGGGUACUUUUACUAUUGAGAAUCAUUCACCUAAAGAAUAAGGGCCUCAACCUUGCCAUUUCUAGAAAGCCAACAUUUUCAUGAUGGACAGAGGCUGAAGAACCAAAUAAACGGUGGCGUAAUGUUUAGCCUUCCUGUUAUGUGCUCAAAUUCUUGCUCUCUCUCACUCCUACAGGUUAAAUUAACCUUGGACAUGUUCUGAUGACAUACAUUUUUCUUCAUGCAGCCGAAAUGUCCAUACUAAAGCGUGUUGCUGAUGCAAAUAUGCAAAGCUUAAGUUCUCUAAAACUUAUAGAUUUUGCGGUUUCUGACUGAAGUAUCUGGUCCUGGCUGAUUAAGCUCAGUAAAACAUCAAUUUUUUCCAUCUCAUAGGCAGAGGCAACCUAAAUAAAAAUGACAAUGCGGUGAAAUGACCAGCAUCCAAUUACUUGUCUGUUGUUUACCAUGCACUGCACUACUUUCUCACUUUGCUCCAUGCAAACCAAACUACAGUUUAACCUUAACCCUUCAGAUUGUAAAUGAAGAAACUUCCUUUUUCAUUCGAAAAGUUUUUAUUUGAAUUCCAGCUUCUGUUUUUGCCUCAAAGGGAAUGUAAAGGCAGCAGCCGGCUUUAUUACAGUGUUGUGAUUCAAAGACAGAGGUGUUGAGGAAAAGACGAGGCAGUUUGUCCUUACUUUUUCUCUGUUUCCUCUGUCAUGUGGCGAGCUUAUUUGUUUAAAUGCAUGCUGUAAUGUUAGUUUGCACUUCCGCCAGCCAUUUUCACACCAGUUAUUAUAAACCAACACCAGCUGAUAAACUCACCAUUGCUACUUUAGCAUUCAGUACUUCCACCUCUGCAGGCCGUAGCUCUUACUUCUGUCCUUUUUUUGUUGUUUCUGUAUAUACGGAUUUCUUGUGUAUCCUCUAAGCUUGUUCUUUUUUUGCUUGUUUUUCUUGUUUUGUUUUUUAAGCAGAUAGAUCGAGCAGUUCAUCUGGAUCCUUUUUUAGGAAGACAGGUUAUAAGAAAAGUCUCUGUUCAGCCUUAAUGUUGAUCAUUAUUCUUCUGUUGUUACAUUUAGGUUAUUUCAAAGCUCAUCCACCCUUGUACAAUGUGAACUUGUUUAAAAAAAAAAAAAGGACAGAUUUAUAUAGUUUCAGAAAAAAAGAUUUAAAUUCAAAGCUUAAGAAAGAACUUAGGAUGUUUUUCUUUGACUAUUUUUUCAUAUGUAUAUGCAUACAAAUAUAUAAAAACUGUUUAUUCAUUUUAUUUUCAUGUUCUUCUAAUGAGGCUGUAGGAGGAAACGUAUUACUAUCUCAGCCUCUUGUGCUCUUUUCCUUUAAGUGCGACCUGCAUGUGUUCCUUCAUGCUCCCACUGUUCUGCUGAUAUAUCCAAAACCCACAGUUGAGUCCAUGUUUUAUUUCCAGAUUAUUUGAAGUCUGUUUGUGUUGGAUUCCAUGCAUGAGUGAGGGAACGUGAAGGACGUCCGGGCAAAGCUGCCUGGGAUUGAUCACCUUUUCCCAAGGUGUCGCCAAGUUCGCUCAAAUCCCAUCUAGGUUCAUGGAUGUUUAAGUUACAGCUGAGUUUUGUUUGUUUUUUCUCAUUUUGUAAUUAUUGUUCAAUGUACUUCCCACUAAUUUCUUUCCAUCACUAUGGUGCUUUUGUGUUUUUCUCCAUUUGUGUUUGGAAAAACUUGGCGUCAGCUACAGUCGAGUCUCCAGGAACCAAUCCCUGCAGUUCUCAGAGUUGCUGGCAAAGCCGGAAAAACAAAGUGGCGCAUUUCCAGGCAGCUAAUUUACAAGAUCUUUUUCCUAAAUAUUUAAUAUUGUACAAGAUUUGGCUUAAAUAAGCAAAUUCAAUGCUGUUUAUUCUAGAUCCAAAUAAAACUCAGAGUUUUGCAGCUGUUUUUGUCAGACUUCUCGAGGAACUCUGGGAUUUUAUCCUGAAAUAGCCGGAUAUGCUUCACAGUGCUGAGAGUGAUAUUCGUCAAAAAAAAAAACAACUGCACAGACACUGCUCCAGCCUGACGGUGCUUUCAGAGGCUCCUGGCCUGCUGAGGUCGGGGAUCCUGGUGCUGUGGCCACGGCGGGGGAGAAACAGAGGUGCUAUAGAUAUCCACGCAGUACUGUUUCUCCCUCAGAUCGCAUUGAUUCCAUUUUGUACAUAUUGUUAUAUUGCUUAAGAGAACAUGAAAAUAAAAACACCCUGUCUCAAGUCU